AUGGCAAUCGUUACCAACGCUCCGUCAUCCCACCAGGCUGCUGUCUACGACAAACCUGGUGAACUCAGCACCAAGGUGGUAGAUAUUGAGACUCCCAGCCCAUCGGCAGGAGAGGUGCUGGUGAAACUACAGCAAGUCUACUGCAUCGCUGGAGAGGAUGGCCUCUGUGCCAAGCAGUCUGUAUCCGGCAUGUUCAACCCAGGGACAUUCCAACAAUACCUCACUGUACCAGCUCGAUACCUGACGCCUAUUCCCGAGGGUGUGAGCUCUGAAGUAGCUGCACCGAUGUUAUGUGCAGGAUUGACUUCGUACGCGGCGCUGCGUAAAGUGACGGCCAGUCCAGGUGAUUGGGUUGUUGUUUCGGGUGCCGGAGGAGGUUUGGGACAUCUUGUCACGCAGAUAGCUGCAAGAGCCUUUGGAUAUCGCGUUAUUGGUAUCGAUCAGGCAAGCAAGGAAGAUGUGGUGAAGGAGAGCGGUGCUGAGGUCUUCGUGGAUGCUGCGACACCCGGUGAGGAGUUGGUCUCUCAGGUCAAGAAGCUCACCGAUAACCUCGGCGCCAACGCAGUAGUCGUAUGUGCAUCCAGCAACGCAGCAUACUCCCAAGGCCUUGAGCUAUUGAGACCUGGUGGAACAUUAGUCGGUGUUGGAAUGCCCGGCGGUAAGCCUGUCGCAAUAGCAAGCGCCAUGCCUGGACCUAUUGUUCAAAAGCAGCUCAAGAUCGCUGGGUCGAUAUUGGGGAAUCGUCAGGACGCGAUUGAUGUGCUGAAUUUGGCGGCGAGGGGGGUGAUUACUGUGCAUUAUCAGACGAGGAGGCUGAGUGAGUUGACGGAGGUCUUUAGGGAGAUGGAAAGUGGGAGGCUUGCGGGAAGGGCUGUUUUGGAUCUGCAGAGCUAA